UACCCUCUGCACGCCGCACAACCAGGCGGAUGUACCGAUGGCUCGUACUGUAUUUCUGGUGACUUUCACGUGAUGUUAUUGUGUGUUGCGGGCUGUUUGCCAACCUCUCGCCUUCUACCCGGCCGUGUGCAUGAGCGGACUGGCAGGAGGUAGAUGUGUGACAGCAGCAGAUCCAUGCGCGCCGGUUUGGUGCAGGCGGCGAAGGCGCUCUGAAAACCUCCAUCUCUGCCUGAGAGAGAGUCGACUGGAGCUGUCUGGCUGGUGCCGCUGCACUACUAUGACUCUGAGCUCAUGAAGAUUUUGUAAAGGAAAAAAGAAAAUCCAUUCCUGUUAAAGCCCACUUGUUUUCUCAAUGGCUUCCCGCAGCCAAGGCUUCUUCCAUCAUCAUCACCACCACCAUCACCACCACCAUCGCAACUCCAUGGUGCCUGCGACGGUACCGAGGCUGCUGCCCGAAAAUGGAAGCCUGCUGGGAGGCAUCGCACAAAUCACCCCCAACCUCUUCCUCAGCAGAGGAAACGUGGCUUCCAACCGCAGCCUGCUGCUGUCUAAAGGCAUCACCUGUGUGGUCAACGCCACCAUUGAGCUCCCCAACUUUAACUGGCCUCACAUGGAAUAUGUAAAGGUCCCACUGGCAGAUAUGCCCCACUCCCCCAUCUCCUUGUACUUCGACAGCGUGGCCGAUAAGAUCCACAGUGUGGGACGUAAGCGAGGGGCGGUGUUGGUGCACUGUGCAGCGGGAGUGAGCCGCUCCGCUUCUCUGUGUUUGGCGUAUCUCAUGAAGUACCACCGUGUGUCUCUGGCCGAGGCCCACGCCUGGGUCAAAGCCCGCCGCCCCGUUAUUAGGCCCAACGGUGGCUUCUGGCGCCAGCUAAUCGAGUACGAGAGGAAGCUGUUCGGCAGAAACUCUGUUAAGAUGGUGCAGACGCCCUACGGGGUCAUACCUGAUGUUUAUGAGAGGGACCGCAGGAGCCUCGCUCCAUACUGGGGCCUGUGAGAGAGGCAGUGCCGACUGUUCAGUGGGGGAUCGAGGAUGAAAGUGAAGCCCUUUUGCCCUUCUGGACUGGAGGUUCCUACCUGCUCUGGACAGAGGAAGAGAAAAUGCACAAGUGUGCGUGUGUGUGAAGCUUAAUUAUUGAGUGAUGGUGCUUUUGGACAGAGGGAGUUCAAUCAAACACUGGCCGUUGAUGGUGCUGCUGUUGAUCCAACCAAUUUUCUCCAGUUAAGUCUUUAAGUGGGAGAAAGGGGACUUAAAGCCCAGAAUCCAUCGGACCAGAGGAUUGAAUGGGACCACAAUGAUGUCAGACACCAAAACAAGAUAAAACUUUGAGUUGAAGUCAGUGCCGUCCUUCUCUGGGUCUGUCUUUCCAGCUCCAGCGGAUGAUAGAGGUGUUCAAACAGUGAUGUGACUGAAGUUCUGUUCCUGACGUGGUGUCAUGUGGUGGUAUUGUGCCAGUUUUGCAGUAAUCCUUAGUGUGAAGGGCAGCAGCAUGCUCUUAAUUUAUGGUAGCAUUAAAGAUAAGUGUACAGAAAAAAAUAUAGGGAAAUUAUUCUAUUGGAAUGUAAUGAUAGUGAGGGAAAAAAAAGCUUAGGGUGCAUUUUAACUGAAUGAGAAUCAAAGAUGUUAUAGCAACCUUUUUUAAGGUGAAAUUUGAAAAGAUGUAAGCUAGGAAUCGAGGUUUAGGGAAAGCUCCUGUGUAACACAGGGUUGACUGUUCCAUCCUCUGACCACACUAUGUUAUUGUAGUGCUAUUUGAUGCUAUAUUAAAGAAAAUAUCUGCUGCCUCAAUAAACGGUAGCUCUAUGAAGUCAAUUUUCCAUCCCACAGUUUUUGCCUUUUAUCCAAAUUCGGGUAAGGCUGCAAAAAGAUCAGCACAGCACAGAAAAAACAUUUUAUUUUCUGUCUGGAAACUGGUCCACCUCUGUGGUGUAGCGCUCUUUUGAAGAUCAGUAGGCUGAAGAUCUUUUUUUUUUCUCUUUUUCUUUUGCUAUCAUCUGCAGGAUGAAAUUUAAACUUUUUUUGCACGCUCUAGCCACACUUCAGAAAUACUGGUUGUAGGUCUGAGACAUGCUGCAGUAAAUCAUAAUAAAAAUACACUUUGGGACAAUUAUCACAUAAAAGAUGAAUAAAUACAAAAAUGUCUGCAUACUUCAAGUGAUAUUUUCCUCUUAGAGCCAUCAAGUGGACUUUUUGUGUCUGUAGAAUGUGUUUCCUUCUCAUAAAGCCUGGCUUAAAAUCCAGUUUUGUAAUAUUUAAAUCCUACAUUCAUGUUCACUGUCUCGCUAUCUAGUCUCUACUGCUUUAUUCGGGGUAGUGUUUUUGCAUUUACUGACAUUCUAGUACUAUAUAAUAGUAUAAUAUAGUACUAUAUUAUCCAUACAGUGUGACAGAACUAUAGACAAACUAAACAUAACCCUGGUUGAAAAAUUGGUUGUUGAAAAAAACAGCUUUCCUCAAGUAUAAUGAAUUUGUAUGUAUUUAUUGAAUUUGCUCAGAUUAAGUUUCUUCUGGCCAAAGUCCAAGAAUAUAUCCAUCAAAAGAAACCACACAGUGGGACAAAGAGCCCUGGUACCACAGAGUGCAGGUGCUAAAAUGGACAAUAUGUCACCUCACCAUUUCUUCCUACAGUACAAAAUUGAAUCGAAAAUAUGGCCCUUUAAUGGCCCUAAGAUCCCUCAGAAUCAGCUGUUAAAAUGCAUUGUUGAACCCCUCUGUGUUGUGUGAAACAGACAGUGAUGAAUCACAUGGUUAAGGAGAUGUCAUUCCUUUGUGACUACUUUAUUUGAAACACCUUUCAGUUAUAAUAACAGAAAGAAGCUUUUCAUGUAACAGAAACAACAUUAAGAAAAAUUCACUCGAUAUGCAAGAUGCUUCAUUGUUUCAGUCGUCAGUCACACAAACCUAGAGAUCAGCCAACAACCACCUGGCAACCUCCAGUCGCUCGGGAAAAAAUGUGUAUUCCCCAACCAGUGAGUGACUGGCUGCUGAAGGUUGCAAACUCUCGCAAGGUGAAAUCAGUCAUGGAGACCGCCUUAUGAUUGCUUUGGUCUUUGGCAGAUAGUUGCCUGUAGAUUCCAUGCAAGAUGCUGUUUUGUCUGCAAACAUUUGGCAGUGACUACAAAAACCUUCUUGUGAUUGCUUUGGUUGCAAGCAGAUUAUCGCAGUUGGCUGUCGUUUGCACGCAAACUACUUGCCAAGCGAUAUUUAAACUGAAAAGAGUGUGAUGCAAACCAGAAAUGGAGAACUUUUGCUUACAAAUUAUUAUAUUUUUCAAGUUUCAGUACUUUACUGAGAGCAGUUGGCAAGUGUUUGUAGACAAGUCAGCAUUUCCCAUGCAAACUACAUGUAACCACAGCAACCUGGUAGCAACCAAAGCAACUUGAAGAUUAUCUGUGCAACAACCUGUCUUUCAGCACCCUCCAGCAGCCACUCACAUUUUUCCCUAGUGAUCAAUGAUUGCCUGAUGCUUGCGCUGACCUGCUUGCCUUUGCUCCGUUCUUGGGCUAACUGUUAGCAUAGAGGUGGUGAAUUUUAUGGCAUAUUUCAACAAGCCACCGGCUUGUGAACAUAUUUUAAGGCCACUUCUUGGUAACUGUCAGUACAUCCAUAUUUCUUUUUAAUAUAAUGAGAAACUCUGUUGCAAACCAAAAAGAAAA